AUGGAUUUCCUUCUUAUUGGUCUCUGUUUAAACUGGCUGCUGAGGAAGCCCCCGGGGUUGAUAUUGUGUACGCUGGGUAUCUUUUCUAAAAUGCUUCCAGCUGUGAAUAGUGGGUGUCCACAGCUCUGUCGGUGUGAGGGCAGGCUUUUGUACUGUGAAUCACUGAAUCUCACAGAGAUGCCUCGCAACCUGUCGGGCAUGAUGGGCUUGUCUCUGCGGUACAACAGCCUUUCAGAGCUGCAUGAUGGACAGUUCACAGGGUUAAUGCAGCUCACGUGGCUCUAUCUGGAUCACAAUCACAUUUGCUCAGUGGAGGGGAAUGCCUUUCAAAAAUUGCGGCGAGUUAAAGAGCUCACCCUGAGUUCCAACAAAAUAACCCAACUGCCCAACACCACUUUCCGCCCCAUGCCAAACUUGCGCAGUGUGGAUUUAUCAUACAACAACCUACAGUCUUUGGAGCCUGACCUGUUCCACGGGCUGAGAAAACUGACAACUUUGCACAUGCGGUCGAACGCCAUCAAGUUCGUGCCAGUGAGAAUUUUUCAGGACUGUCGCAGCCUGAAGUUUCUAGACAUAGGAUACAAUCAGUUAAAGAGCCUGGCUCGAAACUCUUUUGCAGGCUUGUUCAAACUCACUGAGCUGCACCUCGAGCACAAUGACUUGGUGAAAGUGAAUUUAGCCCAUUUUCCCAGGCUCAUCUCCCUGCACUCCCUCUGCUUGCGAAGGAAUAAAGUUACCAUCGUAGUUAACACUUUGGACUGGAUAUGGCAACUCGAAAAGAUGGAUCUCUCCGGCAACGAAAUCGAAUACAUCGAACCUCACGUUUUCGAAAGUGUACCUCAUCUCAAAUCCCUGCAGCUGGACUCCAACCGGCUGACCUACAUCGACUCCCGAGUCCUCGACUCCUGGAAGUCCCUCACGAGCAUCAGCCUCUCCGCCAACGCCUGGGAUUGCAGCCGGAACGUCUGCGCCCUGGCCUCCUGGCUGAGCAACUUCCAGGGUCGCUACGACAGCAACCUGCUCUGUGCCACCCCCGAGUACGCCCAGGGAGAGGAUGUUUUGGAUGCUGUGUACGCCUUUCACUUGUGCGAGGACAACGCCGACCCCACGAGCGUCAACACCUUCUCCCCGGUGACCAACAACAGCGACCAGACGCCGGGCUAUGGCUCGGCCACCGCCACCUACGACGCGCCCGACGGCGACGAGGACCGGACCACGUACGCCGUCACCAUCACCAUGCCCGGCGAGAACUCCGAGAACGCCGUGCAGAUUCACAAGGUGGUGACGGGCACCAUGGCACUGAUUUUUUCCUUCCUCAUCGUGGUUUUGGUGUUGUACGUCUCCUGGAAGUGCUUCCCGGCCGGCUUAAGGCAACUAAGACAGUGCUUUGUCACACAGCGCAGGAAGCAGAAGCAAAAACAGACCAUGCACCAAAUGGCUGCCAUGUCAGCCCAGGAGUAUUAUGUUGAUUACAAACCCAACCACAUUGAGGGAGCCCUGGUGAUCAUUAAUGAGUACGGAUCUUGCUCCUGUCACCAGCAGCCAGCGAGGGAAUGCGAGGUGUGAUUUUCCUUUGGGAUUUAAACAGUGUGCAACCAAAUAACAGCGUGCAGGCAGACAGUGGCACAGGGUGGGGGGGGUGCUGGGCUUUGCUGGUGAUUUCUGACGUGCACCCCUGCCCAAAUUGUUUAAGAGGGGCUGUCCGAGAGACUUGAUAUUUUAGCUUUAUCGUGUCUUAAAAACCUUCAGGACAGCCAAUCUUAAGGUUUCAUAUGCUAAUACUCCCUUUGAAGAUCUGUCAAUAUUCAGGAAUCUGAGAGUGUAAAAAAGGUACCAAUUAUUGAUCUUUUGUAAACUAAGAAAACUGUUUAAAAUAAAAAAAAAUAGCAUUU